AUGACGACUCCUUCCAAGCCGUUAUCUUACUUAACAUCGGAAUGUGUGGCACUCUACAUAGAUCCUAACAAACGGUUACAACUCUACCUACGCUGUCCAUCUCGUGCUAGUGCCCACAAAAAUGAAGCCGUGAGAAUCAGGGAUCUAAAAGUGCGACCAAACAACUUCGAAAUGGAUGGGACAGUCUACAGCCUAGGAGUGAUUACCCAAUACACAAAUUAUCCAAAUCCCAGAUUCCUUGUUUUGGACAACGCUAAAGGUGGAAUCCAAGAGCACGUUGACAUCUACGGUCUCCCGCCGAGACGGACACAAGAUGAAGUGGAAAAUGUGGAAUUAGAUAAUGCGGAAAAAAACCAGUUUAAGAGAAACGAUAACCAGAAUGAAGCAAGAACUCAAGCCUGGAAAUUGGAUUAA